AUGUUUCUUGAAUUAUUGUCUCAGUGUAACUUACUGACUCAUUCACCAUUGACAAACGUUCUUCAGCUUCUUCCACGACAGUCUAAGGCUGAAGUCUUCACGACGAUAUUUAGAGAAUUAUUAGACAAUAAAGAGAAUAGCAAAGCGAUGAUUUCUGGUCUUCCACACCUCAACUUUUUCUAUGAAAUUGUUGGCUCUGCUUUUGCACUGCCGUUGUCACACGCCGUUCUAACACAACGGGCUUUGGACAUAUAUAAGAAUUGGGUGAAUGAAAAGGAAACACGACCGAACCCAGUGAACGAUGAUAUGAACACGUUCUUCAUCACUGUAUUUAAACACGUCUCCCAAUUCUUCCAAGCGGAACCGACAACUAUGAUGGAACAGGAAGACAUGAGAAACUCGAUCUCCGUCCAAAUUCUUCAAUUCAUCAGAUCAAUUUAUAUGAAGUUCCAUAACACAUUCAACGAAGAAGUCUAUGACGUGUGCGUGAGAGUAAUGAUUGGGAUUAACAAGGCGUACUUUGAACACCUGAAACUCCCCGAAGUCUCAAAUGACUUUAGAGCCGAACUUGAAUUGGCGCUGUACGAACUUCAUGAGAUCUGGAUGCUCUCAGAAGAAAUGAAGAGUGAACUCUGGGAAGUCAUUUGGAAGGAUUACGCUGCGUGGGAGAAUGAAGUUGAGACCAUUUCACAGUGGUAUGGAUUACAACAAUCACUCACGGAAGCCGUGUUAAAUCAUUUAGGGAAUGACGAAGUCAAUAUCGACUUUGAAGUGCAAUGGCUUCCGUGGCACAACGAACACUUAUUAGAGAAGUUUGUGAUGUCGGUGUCGAAGAAAUACGUCAAUUACGCGUUCAUUAGAUUCUCAAGGUUCUUAGGAAAUUGCAUCACAAAGAGUCAAAAAAUCUCGUUGCAAGCAACUCACGCGACAAAGUUACUGAUUGAAACGUUUUACGAUUACCCACAAGAGAAGUGCGACGGCAAUAUAGUCUUGAAGAUCUUUGGAGACUUCAUGUUCCAAACGAUGAUCAUUAAUAGAGAGAAGUACGACGAUACAGUCAAUAUGGCAUGCGACACUAUACUGAAGGUGUUUGUUAACUUCGCGAAUCGAACAACUUUCAGGCCGGAGUAUAUCGCGAAUUUGUUUGCAGGACUGAUAUCGAUAUUGGAUAACCCUAACCCUGUCUCCGUCACAGUCUUGUCGUAUCCAUUAAUCCUCGACAUCCAAUUGCCCGGGAUUGAAAUGUUAAUCCCCCACUAUAUCAGAUAUAUCAAUGAAGUCAUAUUUAAGGUCAACCCACCCCCUAUACUCAGAGCUAAUUUGUAUCAAUUGCUCUCGAAAAUCAUCCCAAGAAUGACUUACUUCUCAAACCACGAAAUCCCUGUGGUGACAAAUCAAUUGUACAAAUCAUAUGAAGAUAUGGUCAAAGCAGUCGAAGACGUCUUGUCGAAGCAAUUGAGAGACGAAAACGACUUACAGUUGGUCAUCGACUUAUUUGAGAUCUCGCGUAUCUAUCAGUGCGAGAUCAAGUCGAUGCCAUUCAACGAUUUGUUGUUGUCACUUCUUGGAAGACAGUUCUCGCAAUGGAUUAAGGCGUCUUCGAUAUUAAGACUGCCACAGAUGGGUAUGGCCUUUUAUAAGUUAUACCAAACAGCGUCUUUGCUAGCUUUGAAGAAUAAUGAGUACUUAGUGAAGAUGUCUGACUCAUUGAUGAAAUGUUACUGUGUCUUCAUUAAUGAAACGAACUUCCAAAUCACUAAACAUGGAGACUUUGUUAUCAUCAUGAACUUAUUGUUGAGGUACAUCUUCGGAUUGAUUGGGUUUGUCCCAACUGUCUCCUUUGGGAAUUACUCAACGGUCAUAGAUCGACUGAAUACAUUGUCUAAUGAAGCUUCCCAUGAGGUCGCUGAUAGUAUUAAAAUGUUUAACACAAAUAUUAUGAUCACUAAAGUGAAUACACAACUAUAUUCACACUCUCCUAUCUCAGAGAAAUCAAUUGGUGCGUCAACGCCAGAGUUGUUACAAUUCCAUUCAUUCUUCUUCUCAAGUGAAAACUCAUUGGUCACGUUGAUCGACCUCCCAGCAUACUUCUUGCAACAAGAACUUCCGAUGUUGAUGAUAGUGAGAACUUCUUACACACAAACCGUCUGCGGGAUCAAGUUAAUACCACCAAUACCUUUACAAGAGGUUCCCCCACAAAAACAAAUCACUGGGGAGACCAUGUCAUUCUCUGCGGAAAAGAGUGGCUCGUACCAAUUCAAAGGAAAUGAAACACUUGCACAGAUGUUGGAUGGCGCUUACUCACAGAAGACUCAACAACUUAUUGCGUCUUUGAAGUCGACGAAGAACACUAUAUUGCCUAUUGAUCCAAAUGAAGACAUCCCUAUCAUCGAUAUCAACACAACAACAUUCCCAACACCUUUGAGUACAUACACUGUCGCUAAAUUGUGCUGCGCACUGAAUGUCUUCCCCGAGAAUACCACCCUCAAACACGUUCCAUUCAACGACGAAUUCAUAUCAAAGACUCUAGUUGACAUUGAUCAUAUAGCAACUCGACCACAAUACAUUGUGUCACUUGUGAACGUGAAGGACGGACAAGUAUUACACAAUUCAAGAGAAUAUGAAUGGUUUGUCCAACGACUUGGGUGGAUUGUGAAGGUGUCGGACGCGUCGUAUCAUCUUUUCCCAGAGAGUAUUCUUGAACAGAAAGAAAACAUUGUAGCGUUACCAAUGGUCUGUACUCCAACAGAACAAAUACUUUUCUGUUCAAAUUCAAGAAUUAAGAAAGAAGAAACACAAAAGAAGCUUUGGGAAAUCUCUGACUUCGUCAUCUUGUGGGGUGGAAACAACGGAGACACACAAAAGUUCUCUACGGAGUGUAUAGUUAAGAACAAACCAUUCAUUGCUAUCGAACCACUUGAUGAUGGUAGAUUCGCUGUUUAUAACGAAAAUCUGUUGGGACUCGAUUACGUCGUCUUGUCUGCUGGGGGGCUUAUUAGUUUCGUUACUUGCACCAUUCGCUCGAUCAUUCAAAGGUCGGAAACGACGUACGCUAAUGCUACUAAAAGACAAAACAUCAUCUCUGAAAUCUAUAACAAAAUCGCUAUACCACUCACCGCUGUCAACUUCGUGUUCGACGCCGCUACUUGCAAAACACCGUGUAUCAAUGGUAUCAGCUUCGGGCCUUCAGAUUUUAAAAUCCAAAACACUCAGAAGAGUCCAGCAGUCAUGACUUGCUUGAACAGAACCUUUGAGGGCGUGUCUAAUUGA